GUCACCAUGUUGAUAACCAAGAUUGAUGUUUUGAGGUUAAGAUAGCAUUACACAGGUAGAGAUCAAGGCUGUUGCCUCCAACAGACCCACCCAACCAAUAACUGGCAGAAAAUCUGCUCCAUGUUUGAUUUUAUCAUUGGAUUGAGGUCCACAUCUGAGAGUUGAUCCAACUGCCAGCAUAGUAGCACUUAUCCAAUAAUUAGCUCAAGGGCCAAACGAUCAUAUCAUUAUAUCUUCAUCAUUAUAUAAUGUAUUUUCAUCCAUGCUUUUCACUGGUCACUGGUCUAUGCCCUGUAAUAAAGUGCUUUGAUUAAAAAUGCCUAACCCAAUGCCUAACAUAUGGUUGCCCAUGUAAUAUAAAAGGGCAAUAUCAGAGGCACAGAACCAAUACGGGCAACAGCUAAUGCUACAGGGUACAAAGGUUCAGCACCCACUGCACCACACUUCUCUCUAGUUCCAUUCUAACUACGGUAUUUCCAACACCUCCAUACCAGACUGUCCACCUAGUUCUAACCCUACUGUCACUAUCCCUGGCCUAUAGACUAUUACACCCACUCCUGGUUCAAUCCCAAUCUCAUUAUUCCCAGCACCCCCUGUGCCACGUUGACCUUAGUCCCAUCCCCAUUAUCACUAUACCUGGCAACUCCUGUGCCACACUGACCCCUUGUCCCACCGCAGCCUCACAGUUCCCAGCAUGCCCUGUUCCACACUCCAUCAAUAAUGCUAUUCCCAACACUCCCUGUUCCACACUAUUCGCAGCAACACCCCCUGUGCCACACAGCUCCCCUCGUCCCGACCACCUUAACAUGAUGCCCAACACCCCGGUAUAACACACUGGCAGCCUGUUCCCACCCUGACUAUCACGAUCUCCGGCACCCGCCUAUGAAACACACCGAUCUCUCCAACACUCCCUGUUCCCCUGCAAUGUUUUGCUCUAGUUCCUGUUUCCCAGCAUGCACCGUGCUGACGUAUUCACCGGCCCAUGAUGGCGGCUGACAGUGAUCCCGAGUCCGAGGUGUUUGAGAUCACAGACUUCACCACUGCUUCAGAGUGGGAGAGAUUUAUUUCAAAAGUUGAAGAAGUUUUAAAUGAAUGGAAGUUAAUUGGGGAGACAUCAAAUAAAGCCCCAGAAAAGGGAGAAUAUACAUCAGGAGUCUGGGAGGAGAAAAGAGAUGAGAUUUUGUUUGCAGACUUCAGAUUCUCUAUUUGUCACCAUUAUUUAGUGCAAGAUUCAGGAGAGAAAGAAGAAAAGGAAGACACAGGAGAAGAUGCCAUCCCCGUGUGCAUGCAGGAUCUGCUCUGCACUAACAACGAUUUCCCACCUGUAGCACAUUGUCUAGUGAGAUGGUAUGGGCUGAGGGAGUUUGUGGUCAUAUCGCCGGCUGCCAAUGAUGCUGUUAUUAGCGAGUCCAAGUGCAACCUUCUCCUGAGUUCAGUUUCAAUAGCCUUGGGGAACACUGGCUGCCAGGUGCCACUCUUUGUCCAAGUUCAUCAGAAAUGGAGAAAACUUUACAUAGGGGAGUGUCAAGGUCCUGGAGUACGGACUGAUUUCGAGAUGGUCCAUUUACGGAAAGUUCCCAAUCAGUAUACACAUUUAUCUGGGCUCCUUGAUAUAUUCAAAUCUAAAAUUGGAUGCCCACUGAUGGUACUACCUCCUGUUAACAUUGCCAUUCGCUUUACUUACAUACUGCAAGACUGGCAGCAAUAUUUUUGGCCUCAGCAACCUCCAGACAUUGAUGCACUUAUUGGUGGUGAAGUUGGAGGGCUGGAGUUUGGGAAACUUCCCUUUGGAGCUUGUGAAGAUCCAAUAAGUGAACUCCAUUUAGCUGCGACAUGGCCCUGUCUGACCGAAGGAAUAAUUGUGGACAAUGACGUAUACUCAGACUUGGAUCCUCUUCAAGCUCCUCAGUGGUCUGUGCGAGUUCGGAAAGCAGAUAAUCCUCAGUGCAUGCUGGGUGAUUUUGUUUCAGAAUUUUUUAGACUUUGCAGAAGGAAAGAAUCUACAGAUGAACUGCUGGGAAAGUCUGCAUUCGAAGAGAAUGGAAAAGAGGUAGCAGAUAUAAGCCAAGCACUAUCAAAGCUCACCGAGCCAGCUCCAGUGCAUAUCCAUAAGCUGUCUGUAACCAGCAUGGUCCACAGUGCAAGAAAGAAAAUCCGCAAGCGUAGGGGAGCCGACGAGUCACCCUUAAACAACGAUGUCCUCAAUGCCAUCUUAUUUUUCUUGUUCCCUGACGCCAAAUCACUUGAUGGAUCGGAAGCCAAACCUAGCACCUCCGCAGGAAACAUCUCCUCACAGUCAGAGAGCAAAGACUAUAACCUGUACAGCCAACUGAAAUCUUCACCCUCGGAUAGCCUGACAUACAAACUGGCUUUAUGUCUCUGUAUGGUCAACUUCUAUCAUGGAGGAGUAAAGGGCGUGGCUCACCUGUGGCAAGAGUUUGUUCUGGAAAUGCGAUAUCGAUGGGAAAACAAUUUCCUUAUUCCCGGGUUAGCAAAUGGAUCCCCUGAUCUGAAAUGCUGCCUGCUUCAUCAGAAGCUCCAGAUGUUAAACUGCUGCCUGGAGAGGAAGAAGGCCAGGGAUGAGGGGAAGAAAGGGAACCCUUUGUACAGAUCUAGUGUGCCUUCUGUUAAGAAAGCGAGUGAUACAUUGAGCCCGGUGGAGGCAGACAAAAGCAAAUUUGAAGUGGCAAAAUCGUGGGAUUCGUGGAGCGAUAGUGAGGAAGAGUUCUUUGAGUGUCAUAGUGACACUGAGGAGCUGAAAGAGACUGGACAGGAAUGUGCAAGAAAAGCCAAAGAGCAAACAACAGAGACUCCAUCUCCCAAACCAGAAGGGCGCUUACAUCAGUCUGGGAACCUAACAUUGCUUAACUCUGGGGAACCACUUUACAUUCCUGUAACUCAGGAACCGGCACCUAUGACAGAAGAUCUCCUAGAAGAGCAAUCUGAGGUUUUAGCAAAACUGGGGACCUCCGCUGAAGGGGCACACUUAAGGGCCCGGAUGCAAAGCGCCUGCCUGAUCUCUGACAUGGAAUCCUUUAAGGCUGCCAAUCCAGGCUGCUGCUUGGAAGACUUUGUUCGGUGGUAUUCCCCCAGGGAUUAUAUUGAAGAGGGAGCAAUGGAUGAUAAAGGUAACAAGAUCUUCAAAGGAGAACUAAGCGCUCGAAUGAAAAUCCCCAAUAACAUGUGGGUGGAAACCUGGGAAACGGCCAAGCCAAUCCCUGCCCGCCGGCAGCGACGAUUGUUUGAUGAUACCAAAGAAGCAGAAAAGGUUCUGCACUACCUUGCGGUUCAGAAACCAGCUGAUUUGACCAGGCACCUCUUGCCUUGCAUUAUUCAUGCAGCUCUGCUGAAGUUAAAGGAGGAAGAGGCAGCGGAAGACAUUCCGUCAGGUAGAAAAGCCAUAAAGCAAAUCAUCUCUCAUUCCAGCAAAGUCCUUCAUUUCCCCAGUCCCGACGACAAGAAACUGGAAGACGUCAUCAGCCAAAUUGUUAACGUGGAAGCAACAAUCGCGAGGGCGAGAUCUCUAAAGGCAAAGUUUGCAAUUGACCGGUGUGAAAAAUCUGAGGAGAAAGAGGAUUUGGAAAAGUUUGUGAGCUGCCUGUUGGACCAGCCAGAGGUGCCGAUCAUUGGUGCCGGGAGAGGACCUGCUGGUACCAUUAUCCACAAGAUGUUUGUAAAUGCACAAAGGCUGACUGAAUCUGCUGAUGAGGCUUUGACGUUGGCUCCCAUGGAGGAGGAGCCCAAACGAUCCAGCUCCUCGGAUGAUCGCAGGCAGACAUCUGGGGCAGAUUUCCCUUCUCCUGCUGGCCGAGAGGUCAUUCUACGUACCAGUGUCUCCAGACCUGCCCCAUAUUCCAAAGUGCUGCCCCAGCGCAUGUACAGUGUCCUCACUAAGGAUGAUUUCAGACUUGCUGGUGCCUUCUCCUCUGAUACGUCCUUCUUCUGAGACUCUCCAGCCAAUUAGCACCCAGUCAUCAGACAUCACUACAGACGUCCUUAUAGUUCCAUGGAUGAGAUGCUUUGCUCUGUCUGUCAUGGCUUUGAAGAAAGCUUCUUGUUAGUGCACAUAUCUUUAAGUGAGUUAAAGGAGAAGUUCUGCUAAACAUUCAUUAUUAUCUGAUCAUAAAGGUGGCAUUUAAAGGCUGUGCAGUAUAUACCUGUAUUACAAUUUAAUGGGAUUAGUCGGGAGUCUUGUUUUGGCUGCAGCUUUACCUGUAUAAUUCCAUUUUCUCUGCUGCCCAUGUCCAUAUUGUUUCAUGCCAUGCCCCCUUGUGCUGCUGGCAUCACUGCCUACUGUGAAGAUAGUAAUACUACAGUUGGACUAUGGGAGGUAGAAAAGCAGAUUGUGGCCAGCCAGACUGAGAUAAUGACUGCUUACGUCAGUAGCACCUUAAUAACCUAAGCACGUGGCUUUGUGGUAAUAUUUUCCAUUUAGUCAAAAGUUUGGAAAAAUAUGGUAUUUUCCCAGGAACCAUAGUUGGGUACAGGGAGCAAAGAGGGACAGGCUGUGCCAAAGCUGAGACAACUGAAUUUGCUGCAACUAAAUAAUGAUUUGAUAAUUGAAAUGAUUUGUUUUCUAGGUGCACCCACUUUAUUAUUUUGGGAUGGGUGUACCUGCAAUUCAAUUGUAGGAUAUCUGUAUAAUGGCUUUCCCACAAGCUUACCGCUGUUUUAAUGUAGAGUUAAUUUAAGGUGUUUUAAUUGGAAAGAGACACGUUUCCGUGUUUACUAUAAAACUGUAUACUGUAAUUAGUGCCCCCAAAUCCUCCUGUAUCUGACUGUGUGGCCUUUCUUCAUUGGCUGAAACUCUUCUGUCUGUGAUAUUGUCCAUCCCCUGAGCAACCUGAGGCCAUGCACCCGCAACAGGCUUCAUAGAUGUGGGGCGCAUUCUAAAUGUAAACCAUUCUGCAUAUCCAGCCUAUCCCUAAUGUAUGUUACAUGUAAGUGAUCUCUUGGUAUUCUGUAACAACACUAAAAGUAAAAACUCCCAUCAAAUAUGAGAACUGUAACUCCCAUCAAAUAUAAGAACUGAAGUUCAGUUAGGGCCAGUUCAAAAGGCCUGGGAAAAUUGAUCUGUUCGUAUAAAGCAGACAGGGAUAUUCUGAGAAGAAUUGCAAUUGGUCUGAUAAGGUCCAAUUUACCCUAGCAACCAGGCCAGUGCUUUGAAUGAGAGACUGGAUAUGAAUAGAAAAGGGACUACAUAGAACAAUAAGUAAGUAAAAGUAACAUACAAUGAUAAAACUAAAACCCUCACAUAGCCAUAAUUUUUAGCUGCAAAGAAUCAGAAAAAUAAUUAAAAUAAUUUAAACAUCUAUUAAAUAAUGGAAGACCAAUUAAAAAUGCUGCAAAGAACAGGACAUUCUAUAACAUAUUAAAGUUAAUUUAAAGGUGAACUACGCCUUUAAAUAACAUGUCAGCUGUGAGAGGCCCAGCUGGAAGUUGUUUACCACUUUCUCCAGCAGGUGUCAGUACUAAGCAUCAUCCAGUCCCUGCUCGGUUCUCUACUCCUCCCACUGAGAAUCGAUUGGCUCACAUCAAUGAGGAGAGGGACUGAUUGGUAGUGUUAUGUAUCAUGUUCUGCCAGGGAGAGCCAUGAGGGUAGAAGGCCCUGAAGUUACAGACACCCAAAGCUGGUAUGGAGGGCUGCAGGGGAUGUUGCUUUGGCUCUGAACCCCCCAACAUCAUAGGUUCAUUUUAGUAUUAUACAUAACUAAAAUAAUAUAAGAGCAGAAAAAGUGUAUCAGAUUUUUUUCCCAGGCAAUUAGUUUGACCCUAUAGUUAGGCUGAUUGUGAUUGGCUGCUGCCAGGUGAGUCGUUGGCAGACAAUCUCUUGACUGACACUCAGCUAUGCAGCUUCCAGCAGGUGGAAGUGAACCAUAUGUGUAAUGUCGCACUAAUUCUGGUGCUGGCGCAUUUGGGGGUUACUUUGACACAGUGAUCGGAUCCUCUUGGGAUGUUGCACGUUCUCUCUAUGAGAAAUAAAGCCUUUUCUGGGCCCGUCAGCUUUGAUUAGAGAAAUCAGUGUAAUUAUUCACAGAAAUACAAUUCCCAGCAUGCCCCGUGGCCAAGUACUGUGCUAAUCAAUAUAAUGACCUCUCCAAGGCAUCCCCCCUGUAUGUGAUGUCCAGUCACAAGGGUCAAUAACAGAGGUGUUUGGAAGGAAGGACAUAGAGCUCAUUAUGGUACAAAUGAGAUACGUAGCUGUAAUAAUUAGACAGAGUCUGCAAUGUGUCACAAAUACACCUGCCGUUAUGCACACAGUAUGGCAGCUCCUACACACCGUCCUGCUUUAUGAAGGAGGAUUGUCAUUAUUGAUUUGUAACAUAUAAUAAAUUGAUACAGGGUGCAGUGUCA